CUGCGACAAGAGUGAAGAUGAGCAAGUCAGGGGCACUCAUCCAACACAUUCGCCUGCAACUAAAUAGGAGAGAAUCGAGUUGGUGAAUCAACGUGCCGGCGAAACGAGAGUCAUGGCGAGCUUAGAGACUGAAUCUUUACUUCCAGCUUAUAUCCAUGCGGAUUCAAGUGCGGAAGCUAAUAAUGAUUCGGAACUGCUGACUGCCCUGACGGGCUCAGCGCAAUCACUUCCCGUAAAGGAGAGGGCUCUUGUGUGUGCUUUGUUUGUAGUUAUACAAUGUUUGCUUAAUUAUGACUCUGGUGCCAUAGCCGCUGCUCUAGAUCGGUUGGCAUCUCCAGAAUAUUUUGAUAUGACUCUUACGGAGUCUGGGCUGCUGAGCUCACUGAUGUAUCUGGGACUCUCUGUGGCAUCUUUGAUUUCAGCUCCAACCUUACACUACGUCCAGUCGAAGCACGCGCUUGCGGCAAGCUUGCUUCUGAAUGUAUCGUCGAAUGCGCUGUUUGCGUGGUCACCGUCCAAGAACGCGCUUCUGCUGUCACGGUUUCUGGUGGGGUGUUCACAGGCCGUGUUAGUGGUGUACACCCCUAUAUGGGUUGAUGAGUUCGCCCCACCCGAUAGGUGCACACAGUGGAUGUCGUUGAUGCAGGCCGGUGUCCCUCUCGGAGUUAUGCAGGGGUAUCUCGUGUCAGGUCUAAUGACGGCGUAUAUGCCACAUAUCGACCCACGUUAUCCGUUCAGGAUACAGGUCGUGCUGCUUACACCCUGUGUUUUUCUUCUGAUGCUCGUGCCCAAACAAUAUCUCAAAAUAUUCGUCACAGACGAAGCGGAGGAGUUGGACAGGCACGGCCCACUCGCUAACAGUGAGUCGGAUAUCUCGCUAUCGCGGUCUAUGCGUACUGACGCCAUCGACGUGUGGCCCUCAAAGCGGCACGAAUCGGUCUCGGCGCUCACGCAUCUGGGGCGUCUGGCAUCGUCGGGUGUUUACAUGUGCACGGUGCUGGCGCUAACAGCUCUGUACUUUGUGGUGACUGGCAUUCAGCUAUGGGUUACCACUUACCUGAUGAAGUACAUUCUUCCUAUGUACGGUGGCUUCACCAAGAGUCAGGUGGUGUAUGCGUUCGCCGGGACCUCGGCAUCGGCACCGAUACUCGGUGUGCUGUGUGGGGGUUGGUUGACUGAUAGGAUAGGCGGCUACCGAGGGCUCAAGGGCGUUCGCGAUGCUGCGAGGCUGGCGUCGAUGUUUGCCAUUCUGGCAGUGGUGUGCGCUGUGCCAUGCAUCUUUGCCACCACAAUCCACAUGAUCAUUGCACUCAUCUGGGGGCUGCUCUUCUUUGGAGGGGCCAUCCUUCCCCCCGCGGUGGGGAUUAUCAUCUCAUGCGUGCCUCGAGAAACUCGCUCAUUCAGCUCCGCGGGCUCCAAUCUGUUCUACAAUUGGCUGGGGUAUUUCGCCGGUCCCACGCUGUCCGGUAUUGUGUCGGACUACUACGGUGGUGUGCAGUGGGGCAUGUGGCUGAUCCUGCUAUGGUCUGUCUGGGGCGGACUCUUCAUGUUUGCAUCUUGGGCGUUUGCGUCAAGGAACUACAAAACGUAUCUGAAGCGCAAGGCAGCUCAAAGUACUUCAUACGACGAGUUUGACCUUCUACCCACCCGAGAAGAAGUUGAGUACGAGAUGGCUAGAGAACGGAGGCUGUCGAUUCUCUACCCAAUCCCCACGUAUCAUCGACAAACGUCUAUGGAACAAGCGCACCACACAGGCUCUGACUUGAGGAUAAGGCGCAGCUGUGCUCAGAGUGGCAGAAGCAAUAACAGAGAUGUCCGAGAGGUUCUGCCCGAGCAUGAAAAUCUCUUGUCAUCGGCGUCCAUGCCAGUUGGUGGCCACGGUCUCGACGAUAUAUCCGGUCGUCAGGAGCCUACUUUAGAAUUGUCGCAGAGCCUUUUAAUAUGAUUAGUGACUUGGGAAUACGCUUGCCUGAGAUCAUCUAUGGUAAGCGAGCAAUCUUUCGCUUGAUGGGCGGGUGGAAUUAACAUCUGGGCUGUCUAUGAUUUUCCACAGCAAUAACGUGAAAAUGGUGUAAGUUGAUUCCAUGCAGAUUUAGUACACCACGCGGCAUGCUAUGGUCUCUGAUCACUGAGAGCUGGCCACCUACUGAUUACCGGUGAUGCAGCAGCGACUUAGUUGUUGUGUAGUUCGCAUCGCGCCUGCCGACAAUCGCAUUAAGCUGUCGUGCUAGAAAAGGGAGUUAAUACUACACCUACCGUCACGCCAAUAUGUGCUUUGACCUUAAGGCGGCCAUAUGUUGUAGUACAACUAAUACGAUAAGCCUAAAUAGCAUUAUUGUCGGGGCCUCGAGUUAAAUAUGGUUGUAAUGCCAUACACCACACAAACUAUCGACAGAUGAAGGUCGAGAAUUUCAAUCGCAUGACACCACAGAUAGUCCAUAUAUAACAUUGGAAUAGUCUGCAUUCGUCAUGAACAAGAACAAUGCGAACGCAUUAUGAUCACAUAGUAGCGAGUUGCUUCGCAAUCCGGACGAGUGCUGUCCGAUUGUCUCGGAUUACAAUCCGAUCGAUUCGAAAGUCAUGAUAUUUCGUCGCAGGAAACCGCUGACGGGUGUGUCUCUGUCGUACGGUGUAGACGCCAUGUGUCUGAAUGCACGUCCGAAACUAGACGUGCUGGCCCAGCCUGCUUGCAGCAACUACAAGCUAGUGGAUGUUAUCUCAACCCUCAGGAUGAUUUACCGAAUAUAGUUGAAAAAUUGCAAAGUAUAUGUAGUACCUGCGAUUCAUGACAUUCAUGUAUCGCCGCUUAUGGAUUACGGCCAAUAAAUGUGGGAAGCUAUCGAGAAA